UGCGAAAAUAAAAAUAAUAAUAAUAAUAUAAGGUAGGCUGGACGGCGUCGUUUCACUCGGCUCUCAAUAAAUAGCGAGCAUUUGCCCUAUUUGGCUGCAUUUCCCUUCUUCCUUAGAUGGCAAAGAGGUUGGGCUCUCGGCUCUUCAUUAACAAGUUGUCAUAUUUCACAACCCGCCAUGAACUUAAAACUUUAUUUUCACAAUUUGGCGUUGUUAAAGAUGCUAAGGUAAUCAGAGACCCCAAAACUCUAAGGUCUAAAGGGUUUGGUUUUGUUACAUUUGAAACUGAGUCUGAAGCACAGAAGGCGAUGAAAGCCAUGAAUGGCCGGUUUGUCCGCGCGAGGAUGAUGUUUGUUGAAUUCGCAAAUGAUAGAAGCCCUGAGAUUGAUUCUGACAGCUGAAGAAAAUGGCAUUUUUCAUUGUCCAAUAAUGCAAGGAUUUGCUUCAAAAACUUGGGCAUUUACUGACAGUUUUUACGGUCUCUCUGGUAAUAAUCUAUGCUUGGAGAACUCAGCUGUAUUUAUAGACUAUAGCUGCAGCAGUAAUGAGCAAAAUCCGUAUCAACAUUCAGCAUUGUGAUUGUCAUUAUCUUCCUGAAGAAAAAUCUCAUACAUGGUCAUUUUUUUAACAUUCA